AUGUUUGAACAAUCUAAUUAUGUGUUAGUAACAUCAUUCGUGGCAGGUGUAGUUAUGGGCACGUGCAUUACUUAUGGAUACCGUAAUUUCAGGCCAUUAUUAUCAGGUUCUUGUGGUUUUAAUAAUAAAUUAGUCUUAGUAGUCAGAAAUGAUUUAGGAAUGAGCAAGGGCAAAAUUGCAGCUCAGUGUUCACAUGCUUCUGUUGAAUGUUAUAAAGCAGCCGUUCAGUACAAGCCUCAAAUAGCUAAAAUGUGGCAAAUCACUGGACAAAAAAAAAUUGUUCUCGGUAUAGAAUCGGGAGAAAAAGGACUAACUGAACUGUCAAAACUUGCAAAAUCUCAUAAAGUUCUUUCAUGUAUCAUAAGCGAUGCUGGAGCAACACAAGUCAAAGCAGGCACAACGACUGUAAUAGGAAUUGGACCAGAUAACUCUGACAUCAUUGACAAAAUAACUGGACACUUAAGAUUGAUUUAAAAAUGUAUUUUUAUUUUUAACAUUUAAGUAAAAGUAUUUAUUAAAAAAUUAGUUAUUCUAAUAGUCAAUAUAAAAAUAUAAAUGUUUGUUUUUAUUGUCUACACAACAUUAUUUGGACGGAGUUGGUAAAUAAGUCUUAAACAAAGCCAGAUCAAUUAUUAAGAAUAAACAUAGUUAUUAGUGAACACAACGUGGUUAUAAUAACAGAAAAAGGUGAAAUAUUAAUUGAAGAGUUGCAGCUGUCUUCUGAACAAUAACAUUCUUCCCAAUAAACACCAUUCCAUUCAACUCCCCAAUUGCAUACACCAGUGACACCUGUGUCUGAAACUGAUCCACAACGGCGGAUGACAUUUCGCCAACGCCCAUCCCCUAUAACAAAUAUUAAAACAUUUAGUAUAUAUAUAUAUAUAUAUAUGACUUCAUAUUAUAAAUAAAAGUAUUUUAACUGACAUAUAAAUCCUCUGAGCCCUUGUUUGGUAACCUUUACACAAAAUGUUCCGGGAGUGUGCGAUUCAUCACUAGUACAUUCGACAGGUAUAUGCCGAUCUUUGUGGAACUUUUCAUAUGCACCACAGUUGUCAGAUCCUUUGGCAUCACUGCUAGUUGAACACUGAUAGCAUUGAAUGCUGUAAGCUAAAAACAAUUACACUUUAAACAAAUUGUAUAUUUCUUUUUUAAGGGCGUGACAAAGAAAGACCACACCUUUUCAAUAAAUAUUACCUUUUCGCAGUAAUGAAAAACUAAAUAUUAAAAAAAAACACACUACACUGAAAUUCAUUAUUAAGAUUGUUCUAUGCUAUCCAGAUGGUCAAAAUACAAUUUUAAAGCUAAAUUUUCCAGUAAAUAGUAAAUACUAUAAAGUUAAAUGUAAAAAGCAAGUAGCAACUAUAAUAACGAAAAAUUAUCAAA